AUGUCUAUGAAAAGGCUCUCGCUUCUGCUGCUGCUACAGCUGACUUGCUACUUUAGCACUGGGAGUUGUGGAAAGGUGCUAGUGUGGCCAGUGGAAUUUAGUCACUGGCUGAAUAUAAAGACAAUUCUGGAUGAACUUGUCACGAGGGGUCAUGAAGUGACUGUUCUGAUAUCUUCAGCUUCCACUAUUACUAAUUCCAGCAAACCAUCGACUAUGAAAUUUGAGACUUUUCCUGUAUCUUUAACAAAAAGUGAUUAUGAGAAUUAUAUAGAACUUCUUGUUGAGAAAUGGACGUAUGUGGCGAAAGAUUACUAUUGGACCUAUUUAUCAACAGUGAAAAGUUUAUUUUGGGAAUUUUUUGAUACUGCUUUAACUAUGUGUAAAGAUGCUGUUUCCAACAAUAAAUUAAUGACAAAACUAGAGGAAUCAAGGUUUGAUAUCUUUAUUGCAGAUGCCAUUGGACCCUGUGGUGAACUGCUGGCUGAAUUACUUAAAAUACCAUUCAUGUACAGUCAUUAUAGCUCAACUGGCCAUAUAAUUGAGAAUAGUGGAAGACUUCCAUUCCCACCAUCUUAUGUACCUGUUAUGCUUUCAGAAUUAAGUGAUGGCAUGACAUUCAUGGAGAGGAUCAAAAAUAUGUUCUAUACACUUUAUUUUGACUUUUUCUUUGAGAUACACAAUGAGAAAAAGUGGGAUCAGUUUUACAGUGAAGCACUAGGAAGACCUACUACCUUAUCAGAGACAAUGGGGAAAGCUGAAAUGUGGCUCAUUCGAACCUACUGGGACUUUUCAUUUCCUCGUCCACGACUCCCAAAUGUUGAAUUUGUUGGAGGCCUCCACUGCAAGCCUGCCAAGCCCCUGCCUAAGGAAAUGGAAGAGUUUGUGCAGAGCUCUGGAGAAAAUGGUAUUGUGGUGUUUUCUUUGGGGUCAAUGGUCAGGAACAUGUCAGAAGACAGAGCCAAGGUGAUUGCAUCAGCCCUCGCUCAAAUUCCGCAAAAGGUUCUAUGGAGAUAUGAUGGCAAAAAACCAGAUACCUUAGGACCCAACACCCGGUUGUAUAAAUGGCUCCCCCAGAAUGACCUUCUUGGCCAUCCAAAAACCAAAGCCUUCAUAACUCAUGGUGGAAGCAAUGGCGUUUAUGAGGCCAUCUAUCAUGGGAUCCCUAUGGUGGGCACUCCUUUGUUUGCUGAUCAACCUGAUAACAUCGUUCGAAUGAAAGCCAAGGGAACAGCUGUCAGGUUGGACUUGGAAACAAUGUCAUCAAGAGAUUUGCUCAACGCAUUGAAGGAAGUCAUUAAUAACCCUUCCUACAAAGAGAAUGUGAUGAGAUUAUCAGCCAUUCAACAUGAUCAGCUGAUGAAGCCUUUGGACAGAGCAGUCUUCUGGAUCGAGUUUGUCAUGCGCCACAAAGGAGCCAAGCACUUGCGGCCAGCCGCCCAUGACCUCACCUGGUUCCAGUACCACUCUCUGGAUGUCGUCGGGUUCCUGCUGGCCUGUGUGGCAACUGCCAUGUUUGUCAUCACAAAAUGUCUGUUUUGUUGCUGGAAGUUCGCUAAAACAGGAAAGAAGGGGAAAAUAGACGAACUCAAGAUGUCUAUGAAAAGGCUCUCGCUUCUGCUGCUGCUACAGCUGACUUGCUACUUUAGCGCUGGGAGUUGUGGAAAGGUGCUAGUGUGGCCAGUGGAAUUUAGUCACUGGCUGAAUAUAAAGACAAUUCUGGAUGAACUUGUCACGAGGGGUCAUGAAGUGACUGUUCUGAUAUCUUCAGCUUCCACUCUGACUAAUUCCAGCAAACCAUCAACCAUGAAAUUUGAGACUUUUCCUGUAUCUUUAACAAAAAAUGAUUAUGAGAAUUUUAUAGAGUUUCUUCUUGAGAAAUUGAUGUAUGCAGCGAAAGGUUCCUUUUGGACCUAUCUUUCAGCAGUGAAAAGUUCAUUUUGGAAAUUUUUUGAUAUUUCUAUAACUAUGUGUAAAGAGGCUGUUUCCAACAAGAAAUUAAUGACAAAACUAGAGGAAUCAAGGUUUGAUAUCCUUAUUGCAGAUGCCGUUGGACCCUGUGGUGAACUGCUGGCUGAAUUACUUAAAAUACCAUUCGUGUACAGUCAUUACAGCUCACCUGGCCAUAUAAUUGAGAAGAAUAGUGGAAGACUUCCAUUCCCACCAUCUUAUGUACCUGUUAUGUUUUCAGAAUUAAGUGAUCGCAUGACAUUCAUGGAGAGGAUCAAAAAUAUGUUAUAUACACUUUAUUUUGACCUUUUCUUCCUGACAUACAAUGAGAAGGAGUGGAAUCAGUUUUACAGUGAAGCACUAGGAAGACCUACUACCUUAUCAGAGACAAUGGGGAAAGCUGAAAUGUGGCUCAUUCGAACCUACUGGGAUUUUUCAUUUCCUCGUCCACGACUCCCAAAUGUUGAAUUUGUUGGAGGCCUCCACUGCAAGCCUGCCAAGCCCCUGCCUAAGGAAAUGGAAGAGUUUGUGCAGAGCUCUGGAGAACAUGGUAUUGUGGUGUUUUCUUUGGGGUCAAUGGUCAGUAACAUGUCAGAAGACAGAGCCAAGGUGAUUGCCUCAGCCCUCGCUCAAAUUCCACAAAAGGUUCUAUGGAGAUAUGAUGGCAAAAAACCAGAUACCUUAGGACCCAACACCCGGUUGUAUAAAUGGCUUCCCCAGAAUGACCUUCUUGGCCAUCCAAAAACCAAAGCCUUCAUAACUCAUGGUGGAAGCAAUGGCGUUUAUGAGGCCAUCUAUCACGGGAUCCCUAUGGUGGGCACUCCUUUGUUUGCUGAUCAAGAUGAUAACAUCGCUCGAAUGAAAGUCAAGGGAACAGCUGUCAGGUUGGACUUCGAAACAAUGUCAUCAAGAGAUUUGCUCAACGCAUUGAAGGAAGUCAUUAAUAAUCCUUCCUACAAAGAGAAUGUGAUGAGAUUAUCAGCCAUUCAACAUGAUCAGCCGAUGAAGCCCUUGGACAGAGCAGUCUUCUGGAUCGAGUUUGUCAUGCGCCAUAAAGGAGCCAAGCACUUGCGGCCAGCCACCCACGACCUCACCUGGUUUCAGUACCACUCUCUGGAUGUCGUCGGGUUCCUGCUGGCCUGUGUGGCAACUGCCAUGUUUGUCAUCACAAAAUGUUGUCUGUUUUGUUGCUGGAAGUUUGCUAAAACAGGAAAGAAGGGGAAAAGAGACUAA